AUGCCAAAGAUCACAGUAGUAUCCGGAGGUACAGCCACUAAUGAGUUAACACCACUCUUUUCCAAUUUGUCUAAAAGCAACAAGACUUCGUACAUAUUGCCAAUUUCGGAUAACGGAGGCUCGACAUCGGAAUUGAUUCGCGUCAUAGGUGGCCCGGCUAUAGGUGACAUUCGGUCUAGGUUGACACGGUUGAUUCCUUCUCAUCAAGAACACAUUAAACAGUUGCUUACAUUUAGAUUAUCGCUGGAUCCUCAUAUAGCCAAGCAUCAAUGGAAUGAAAUCGUGGAAGGUACACACGAGUUAUGGACUCCUAUAAGUUCCAGUACAAAGGAAAUCUUUCGGAGUUUCUUCGUUCAUCUUCAUGUAGAGUUGUUGAAAAGAUCAAGAAUACACCAAUCAACAAAGCGACAGUUUAGGUAUGAAUUGGCCAGUGUGGGGAAUAUGUUUUUGACAGGUGUGCGUUUAUUCAUUGGGUCAUUGGACUCCUCCAUUGAACUAUUCUGCAAAUUGACCGACAUUAGCACCAACAUUCAAGUUUUGCCAUGUAUAAACACUAACUUUACAUAUCACAUUAGUGCAUUGUUGGAGAAUGGAUUGAUUAUAACCGGACAGUCACAAAUAUCACAUCCAUCAACAUCUCAAGAGUACCCGCCUCCAAUACAUAAAACUCGACCACCAACACCAUCUGAUGACGCAUUGAGGACAAAUUAUUUCACCGAUGCAGGAGUGCCUAUAAAUGAAGUCGAAAUUAGUAAGCACCAGCACCAACAAAGGAGAGUGAGUUUAGAGUCUAGCGUAUCGACAUUUUCAGAUUCAGACGAAGAAGAGUCAGGAAAUGUCCCACAAUAUACCCACCCAGAAUUGAAAAAAUCCCAAUUGCACUUCAAUAAACUGGAAUCGAUUGAGCCUUUGUUGUCUCCAAUAAAAAGGAUAUUUUAUGUGUCACCAUAUGGGGAAGAAAUAUGCCCUACAGCAAACGGAAGGGUUACUUCGACCAUUGCAAACAGUGAUACUUUGAUUUAUUCCAUUGGUUCAUUAAUGACAAGUAUUGCACCUGUCUUAGUGUUAAAGGGAGUAGGUAAGGCAAUCACCACGGGUAAAUGCAAAAACAAAAUUUUGCUUUUGAAUGGAUGUCUUGAUAGAGAAACAUUUGGUAUGACAGCAUAUGAUUUCGUCAAGGUAAUUGUCGAGUCCACUGAGUACUCCUUGAGGAAUCAAAACAUGAAUUCGGAGCAACUUCCGUGGAACAAAGUGGUGACACACUUGAUAUACAUGUCAGACCUGAAAAUCGACGUUGAUGUUGAGUUGUUGAAUUCGCGGGGAGUUGCAUGUGUUGAGGUUUCUAAAAUAGAAAACACAGACUAUUUUGAUUUGGGGCAAUUGGAGCAAACACUUGCUGAUAUUAUAUAA